UUCUGAACGUAAUACUACGUUUAUUCGGAGUUUAACUAGUUUAUCAUGGCUCGUACUAAGCAAACUGCGCGUAAGUCGACUGGUGGAAAGGCUCCGCGUAAACAACUGGCUACCAAAGCCGCCCGUAAGAGCGCGCCAGCCACUGGUGGUGUCAAGAAGCCACAUCGUUACCGUCCUGGAACAGUCGCUCUUCGUGAAAUCCGUCGUUACCAGAAAAGCACGGAGCUCCUCAUCCGUAAAUUACCAUUCCAACGUCUGGUUCGUGAAAUUGCUCAGGACUUCAAAACUGAUCUCCGAUUCCAGAGCUCAGCCGUGAUGGCUCUCCAGGAAGCCAGCGAGGCCUAUCUCGUUGGUCUUUUCGAAGACACCAAUCUCUGUGCCAUCCAUGCCAAGCGUGUUACCAUCAUGCCCAAGGACAUCCAAUUGGCUCGUCGUAUUCGAGGAGAACGUGCUUGAGUUAUUUCAACAUCCGACAUUAACAAACCAAACGGCCCUUUUCAGGGCCAUCAAAUUUUUCAUACUAAGAAAAUUAAACUCGUUUUUCGUUUAUUUUAUUGAUUACAUUAAAAAAAAAAAUUAAAUACCAUAUUUAUCCCAAUUUUUCAACAAUACUGUUCACGCUUUUCUUUCAAUUAAACACUGUCUAAUCAUACUUAUGCAUUUGCCUGAAGAGUUCUAGUACUGCUGAUCAUGAUAGGGUAGAAUUUUUAUUUAUAAAAAUAUAUAUUUUAAUGAUUAUAGUCGAUUGGAAAUUUUAGUAGUCUCAAAAAUCCAGCGCUGAAAUGGAAUACCAAUAUAUUUAUCGUAUACUUUAUUACUUGUAGAAUUUCUGUUUAUCAUUUCUGGUGACAAGUGUUCAUUUUACAGAGUUUAGUUUUGUUGAAAUAUAUGUAUGCCUGUUUCCCCACAAACUUUACAAUUUUAUUGUUAUGUUUUAUAUUUUUUACUCAUUCUAUUUUAAUAUAGGUGGCGCAGAACAAAUAAUCAUGCGAAAUUUUUUUUCCAAAUACUAAUAGAUAUCAUUAGAAAUAAGAACUUGAAUUAACUACGAUUCAAUAUCGAUAAGUACCCGUAUAAUCUUAUU